CGGGCGGCAGCCGGCGCACGCGUUCGUUCUGUGCCUUUCGUUACGUUCGCAACCACGUUGUCGUUGGUUACACACUGAUAUAUACCGCUGGUUGUGCUGCUGCUGCUGCUACCGCUGCUGCUGCUGCUGCUGCGCUGCUACCGCCGAUGGUUCUUGUAUCAAACUACCUGCUACACACCUUCCCCCACCACUAAACCACCGACGUUACCCCCCCGCUUAUGGGGAACUAGGGAGAGGAACACGUGCUCCGAGGAUACGCGGAUCCGUAUUUAUGUAACACACCCCUUUCGCAACGUUAUCCUAUGAUACCGAUGAUUUUCGAAACGUGCCAUUUCGGGUGUAUACAUAUACCUGUACAAUUAUGAUCGAUUAGUUAUUUGAAAAUUCGAUACACGUGCAGCAGGUGGAAAUUUAGCAUUUUCAUGAUUCAGGUGCGAAGACAUAAAAAGUGCGCGUUGGUUUUAUCACGAUCAAAGGAGAUUCGACAUUUUCCGUUUUACAAUUGGUGAAGGGUUCGAUGCAACGUGCUCCCUCAUAUUCGAAAGAUCCAUCGAAUUCCAACCAAGCAUCGUUUGAUUCGUUUUCGAAAAAAUGAAAUAAAAACACUAGGGCUUCAUCGACACUCGUGGUACACAUCGUUCACACCUAUUCGGAGUGUCCCCGUUAAAAAAACCAAAAAACCAAACAAAAAACAAAAUCGGAGAUAUAACUACUCCGAAACAGCAUGGGAUCACGAGGUGGGGAUGAAUAGAGAGGAUUUUGUCCGAGAUAACAUGAAUGUGAUUUGGCGAAAUCUGUCGAUUCGAUUUUUUACCGCGCAUUAGGGGUGGGUGGGUGAAUCCCGGGUCCCGUAUAACGCGAAACCCAUAAUUCCCAUCCACGAGAUGAGAUCGCAUUAGAGGAGCAUCACUUUUGCGCAGGCACCAAAGUGCGCGAGCAAUAUAAUACUAUAAGCCAUAACAUAGACUGCUAACAGCCCGAGGGCUACUAUACAGGCUAUGGGUAUCCACUACCACCACUGUACCACCACCGGUUACAGUGACGUUCAAACUAAUUAACGAGAUUUAAUUACGCCUGGGCAAUUAGCCCGCUCAGAAACACCCUUAAGGGUACUAAUAAACUACUCGAAAACAAAAGGAACAAAAAAAAAAAAAAAAAAAGAAAGAGAAAAAGAAAAUCAUAAACUCCGUGGAUAUGAAUUUUCGUGUGUGUGUGGAUUACCUGCGUCCGUGUUCUUCAAAAGCGUAUGAGGGCAAUUAACGGUUCUCGAUUGUCAUUGUAUUCCUCGAACGACGCGAUCGAGUAACUUGCAUUUUUCUACCGAUCAACAGAAUGUCAUCAUUAGUGGAAGUUAUGUGAGAUCGUCAGACUGGCUUUCGACGAGACGCUCUUAAUUCAGUGAAGGUUCCGGAAUCGUGUUUCUCGAUCGACCUUUUAUACCCUACCCUCUUGUUUUAUUUUGAUUUCAGUAUUAUUUUCUUUCAGUGUUAUUGUUUCGUCUGAUUUGUUUUUCGGUUUUUUUUCUCUUUUCUUUUCGUUCCUUCCGUUCUGGAAAUGUGCAAGAUGAAGAAGACUAGAAUCGUUAUUUCCGUGACGAUAUCUGUUACGAAAAACUGAGAGUUCCUUCGAAAAUCCAACGGCGUAAAAGUGCGCGUUUAUUGUGCAGUGCCCAUGUGUGAGGAAUAUUUAAAAAAAAAAAUAAAAAGAUACACAGGUGCGGCAUGAUCACGAUGAUCCGUGGAUAUAAAUUAUCGCAUGAUAUUUCAUCUGAACCGUGAUCCAUUCAAAUAAAGUGCGGUGGUGUCCGAUUAGCACCCUGCACGAGGAUAAUUGAUUCAACUAUUCAAAUAUUUCGCCUAUAAUGACGGACACAGAGACUAUGCAACAACAACAACAACAACAACAACAACAACAACAGCAACAACAACAACAACAGCAACAACAACAACAACAACCGCAACAAAAAGAUGAGAACAUCGCCCUGAGAGGCGAUACCGGAGUCCCGGAGCAACGUCUGGACUCUUUGGUCCCCGGUGACAACAACAACGAAACCAAAUUGCCCGCUAAACCAUCGGAAGUUUCGGCAACCGGCGAAACCGACGGUCGUAUCGUUGACCUCCACGGCACCGUCGGAUCCCUGUCGAACGCGAACUCGACGAAUCGCAACUCUCCCGUAAACAACACCGUCGUCGUCGUGAGCAACGUCGGUAGCGUAGGCGGUGCCGGAAACGGCGGAAUAACCAACAGUCAUUCGAAUCAAGUCAAUUCAUGGCACGCGCACGUUUACGCGGCACCACCGAGAGCCCCGACACCCCACAGGAUAAGCGACAUACUCGGAUGGGGGAGGCAGAAUUCCGCCCUCAAUCUGCACCAUCAUCAUCACCACCACCAUCUCCAUCAUUUGAACAACAACAACAACAACAACAACAACAAUAACAACAAUAACAACAGCGUGAAUAACAAUAACAAUACUAACGACAACGGCGGUACGACCAAACUCCUGGCACCGACACCCAGGAGGUUGACGAGUCCGAUGAUACGGGCGCCCCUUGCCCUCUAUUCGCCUUUGCCACCGAAUUCCCCGGCAUCGAUGCCCGGAUGUCUGACGUCCCCACCGUGCACCCCGAGUCCGGCACCGCCAUUAAGGUCGCCCUCGUCGUGUGCGAGCAUCGCGUCGCCCAAGCUACCGAUUCACGGAAAUAUGAGCGAGCUGUCUUCGGUACGGUUGUCGUCCCACAAUCAGCAUCCCGGUUCCGCCGGUGUUCCGUUCAUGCAGGACGGCGUUCCGGGAUCCGGAGUCACCGGUGGUAUCAAUCACGCCGUUGUCGCCGAUGAAGAGGACGACGCACCUCUCAAUUUAACGACCACACCGAGAACCAGGAGUCCUCCGACCUCGCCGAGCUCCUCCGUGCUCAGCGGAAGAUCCUUCUAUUCAAGGACACCGCCGAAUCCGUUCCGCGAACCACAGAUCGAACACCAUCAUCAAAUAGUCGCGGCUCAUCACAAUACUCACAAUUCUACCGCGCAAGGUUUUAUGCACAACGGGAGACACCCGGCCGACGUCAUCGGUCAAGUUUUGCCUGGAAAAGUCGCGAGACCCACGAUCAAGGACGGUGCUGGUGUUCAGAUAGCGAAAACUCCUCCUGCCAAACGGAAGAAGCUCGAAUCCGGAGUUGUUAAGGAUGUUAUACCUGUUGGUAAGGGGGGCGGGGGUGUCGGAGAUGUGAGAGUGACAAGUGAGGCCGAAGACGUUAGCGAAGCCGAGAGAAAGAAGAAAAAGGCGAGGACUACUUUCACCGGGCGGCAAAUAUUUGAACUUGAAAAACAAUUUGAGAUUAAAAAAUAUCUGAGCUCAUCCGAGAGGGCGGAAAUGGCGAAGUUGCUCAACGUCACCGAAACGCAGGUUAAAAUCUGGUUCCAAAAUCGUAGAACGAAAUGGAAAAAACAGGACAACAUAAGUAACGCGGAAGCUGCGGAGCAUAAGAAUCAGAACAACCCUAAAACAGCUCAACAGAAAACGACGAAAGCUCCUUCGGUCGGGGGUAUCAAAAGCUCCGGAACUCCGCGAGCCUCGGUCGAAUGCAGUUCCGAUUCGAAUAAUUCCCUACUUACCGGCGACGGUUCGAUAUCGGAGAGUAAUAAUUCGGAGCAAAAUUGUUUACCGACAAAUUUGUCACUAGCACCACCCGACAGAGUGCCGCAACCCCAUUUGACACCCGUUAUUCACGACCAAUCGGGGGUACAAGAGAGAACGGUUUUAUCACCGGAAUUAACGAAUUCACCGGGUUUCAUAUCGAGGAGCUACGAUUCCGUGCGGGAUUUAACGAUCAAUAAACCGCUGCUUAGGGAAUAUGACUUCAACAGGGAGCUGAAAAUCAACCUCAGGGAUUUCGCCAUCGGUAAAAUAGAGUCCAGAGGGUUGAGGGAAAAUCCGAAAGAAAUUCCGAAGAACAAAACACCCGCGAUUCCAUCGGAAAUUGACAAGAAUCUCAAGGACUUGAACCUCGAUUCCGACGUUAACUCCGAACCGAUAGGGUUCGUUAUUGCACCCGCGACGUUAAGGCCGUCGGAUGGUGAACCUAUGGAGAGCAGUGACAGGGAUUUCGAAGAACCUGCUUCGCCACAAUCAGCCCUCCAGAUCGACGAAAGGGAAGACGAUGCGAGUCCCGAAUUAUCUAGCUAACUAAGGCUCUACCGAUGAGUCGUCAGAUCCUUCGAUAUUAAAAUACUGCUAUGCGAAAACAAAUGGUGAAGAGAAAUUCAAAGUGAAAAUGAAAAGUUUUUUUAUUAUUUUUAAAAUCGGUAUUGUAAAUUAUGACUAGCAUUUUACCUCGACACACCCGUGCGUUAUUUCAAUAUAAAUCACGCCCUUUCUCGUUUGAAUACGUACUUUGUAGGGGUAUGUAUAAUACAUGUACAAUAUGUCUAGCGAUUGCCAUUUGUUGUGCCAUAAACUAUAUUGUAUCCAAAUUCGAGGGCUUUCAAAAAUUUCUGAAUAAUACCUACGUUCGUUAUAUCUUCUGUAAAUAGAUAAAAAAAAAAAAAUUAUCGGUAAAAUUCGAGUUUCGAAAAAAUGCAUUUGCACUGUACAUCGUGAAAAUCGUUGAAUUAAAAUCGUCCUAAUAAUAUUUUCUAUAACUUCCUAUAAAUCAAUGAAUCAACUACACAUAUAUAUAUAUGUGAUAUCGCAAUGUCUGUACAUAUAGAAUUUUAUUAUAAAUUAUAUUAUCAUUAUACUACCAAAUCUGUGAGCUACACGUACGACGUUACUAUAAAAUAUUGUAUAAAUUAUUUCGUUCUUCGUUAUGAUUGGGUACCCAUAAUCAAGUAUACGAUUAUUUAUUUAGUCAUCUAAUUAUCAUAAUUAAAAUGUCUAACUGCUUGCACCUGGUGGCGAUCGAGGCUACAAAUCGAGAUUUUCAAAAUUUCAUUCACAGUUUACAAAAUUAGAAUGCGAAGAUUAACCGUCACAAAUCGUUCAAAGAAACCUUCGACUGCGCUUUGAGUAUUGCACUUCGAAUUCUGUAUGAGAUCAAUUUUCUGACAAACGUACUAUAUGCUGUACAUAGUAUGAUUACACAGUUGAUGUUCAACUAUAGAAAAAUGAAAUGAAGUAAGAGAAAAAAACGACAAGAGAUGUUACGUGAUAGAUUAUUACUAUUAUUAUAUUACCUAUAUUUAAGAUCAUAUAAAUAUGAAUAGUACAUUGUUCUAGUAAUAGUGAAAAAUAAAUGAUAAAAUGAAGAUACUACACACUGAUUAUGUAAUAAUAUUUCGACUGUGCUGUGGAUUAAUUGUGUAUAUGUAUAAUGUAUGUAUGUAUACGUGAACCAGUUGACGCUAUGAGCUGCUUUUUUGUAAAUAUAAUAAUCAUACGAUCAAUAAAUAAUAUCGUACUGAUGGAUAUAACAAUGGUUUGAGAACAAAAAAAAUUAAUCAUCAUAUAGCAAAGUAUGUUAUGAUAAAAUAAACAAUAUAACAACAAUAUAAUAUGUUGACAUAUUGGUACAUCUAUAGAUUUAGGUAUUUAUAUAAAUAGAUAUAGAUUAUUACAUCUAAAUUAUUACGUUAGAUUGAUAUCGCGUAUAAUUUACGAUAAUUAUAAAAUAUUUCUAAUUAUUAUUCUAACAUAAUCCCAUUUUAUGUAUAUUAUAUCUAUCUAUACUAUCAAUUACGAACAAGUGCAAUUUAAAUGUGUGUACAGUCGUGUGCAUCGGGUGAAGAAGAAAA